GAGCUACAAACAGAACCGCUGGAUUUAACAAUAUCAAGAGUGUGUGGUGGACGGAUUGAACUACCAGAUGCAUCAAUAGCAGAAGUGAGUGGGGGACAAGCGGAACUCAGCGAAACUGAUCAUGAAGAUGCAAGGUCAUUGAACUUAGUAAUUCAAGAAGCGAGUAGGGAACAAACAGGUGUAAGAGAUAUGCCAAAGAAAAUUUGGCUUAAGAGGUAUGAAAAUGAAGCAUCCAACAACCAAAUACUCAAAAGGAAACAUCCAGAAAAUACGACUCACACAGGUGAGAAGCUGUUGAAAUGCGAAAUAUCCAAGAAGGAUUUCGUUGCUUCACCGAGCACACAUACGAUGAAUCAUACGAGUGAGAAGCCGUUCUUUUGUUCGGAAUGCAACACGAGUUUCAGCUGGCUAUCGUAUCUGGAUAGACAUAUGAAGAUUCAUACCGGUGAGAAGCCGUAUUCUUGUUCGGAAUGUGGGAAGAACUUCACCCAAUUAUCGCAUCUGCGUGUACAUGAGAAAAUUCAUACCAGGGAGAAGCCGCAUUCUUGUUCGAAAUGUGGGAAGAAUUUCAGCUACUUAUCGAAUCUGCGCACACAUGAGGAAAUUCAUGCCGGUGUGAAGUACCCCUGUCUGAAAUGUAACAAAAGCUUCUCCCAAUCGGGAAAUAUGAGAAGACACAUGAAGGUUCAUGGCAAUGCUGACCCGGAUUCAGUUGAACUGUAUGAGAAGGAUUUCGUUGCUCCAUCGAGCACACAUGCGAUGAAUCAUAGGAAUGAGAAACUGUUCCCUUGUUCGGAAUGCAACACGAGUUUCAUCUGGCCAUCACAUCUGAAUAGACAUACGAAGAUUCAUACCGGUGAGAAAUGA